AUGGAUUAUGCGGAGAUGGACGACAAGUCCAGGCCGUUCGACUUUGAUGUGACGCACAGAGAUCUCAUUCAUCAGGUUGGUUUAUCACCGCAUACAUCACGACCUCCUAAGGUAGCAUUUGAUCACCAUGGUCGACGUCUGGCUACAUGUUCGAGCGAUAUGACGUUGUCAGUCUGGGAUCGAACUCCCGAAGGGACAUGGAUCAAAGCAGCAAGUUGGAAGGUUCAUGGUGGCGCAGUAUGGAGAGUCGUUUGGGCUCACCCCGAAUUCGGACAGUUGUUAGCUACUUGUUCGUAUGAUCGAAGCGUCCAUAUCUGGGAAGAAAUAAGAAGCGCUCCAGGGGCGGAAGGACGAAAAGGAGCGCGAUGGGUUCGAAAGGCAUAUUUGACUGACAGUAGGGCGAAUGUGACGGAUAUUGCUUUUGCACCUCGACAUCUAGGACUUAUGCUUGCAACAGUAUCUGCGCAAGGCGUUGUGCGGAUAUAUGAAGCAGCUGAUGUUAUGGACUUAUCAAGGUGGUCUCUAUGCCAUGAGCUGCAGGCUUUCUACACAAGAUGUGGUAGCGUUGAAUGGAGUCGAUCACGAAUACAUCGACCGCUCCUGGCUGUUGCAUCAGACGACAAGCGAGCUGAAAAUGAUGAACGUAUCGUAAUUUAUGAGCACAACGAAAAUCUAAGGCAUGCUCAUUUGCCAAUUGGCUUCUCCUUUAUUUCAAAGUGGCAGAGAGUGGUCUCAUUACGGCUCGAGUUGGCGUUCCCAGUAACCGAUCUGAAGUUUUCGCCCAUUGCAUUGGCUGAUUCCCAUCAGUUGGCAAUAGCUGCUGGCGACGUGCAUGUCUAUAAUAUCAAGAUCCCGGUUUCGGCUUUUGUCGACGACGACAAUGGUACACCCGAAAAUGUUCCAACGGAUGCGACAGAGUAUUCGGCGAACAGGGUUGCUGUUCUUGGUGAAGAACGCCCAGCUUGGAGGAUAAAAUAUAAUGUUACUGGGACGGUGCUGACAGCAUCCAGUGGCGAUGGGACAGUCAGAGUGUGGAAAGCGAUGUUCGUAAACCAGUGGGCACUGCUUGCGGAAAUGUCGUCCGAAGACUACUUGGAAGAAAGAGAGCUUCUGAAAGUCAAAGGUGUUCUGUCCGAAGCUGGACGAGGUGAUCCAGAAGCAUAUCACCGGAAAACAUACUACUAA